AUGAUUGCCUCUGAUCUCUCCAGCAAGUCGCCGAAAUUUUCCCCCAAGCUCCAGAUCGCCAUCCCCCAGCCGAAGAUUCCCGCCGAGCUCUCUGCGGCGCCCGACCCUGCCUGCUCCGCCUACGAGGCCUACCUCCGCCUCCCGGAGCUCCGUCGGAUCUGGUCCGCCGCCGAAUACCCUUCCUGGCGGAGCGAGCCGAUCCUCCGCCCGGCCCUCGCCGGCCUCGAGAUCACCUUCCGCCUGAUCUCCACCGUCCUAUCUGAUCCCCGCCCGUACUCCAACCUCCGCGAGUGGCGGCGCCGGCUGGAGUCCCUUGCCGCCGCCGAGAUAGAGAUAGUCGCCCUCCUAUUCGAGGACGACGAGGACGACCCGGAGACCAAGGGGACCAUCCCGAUCGUCGACCUCUCGUCCGCCGGCGGCGCGCUUAGGCCGGAGAAUAGCUCGGCGGAGGUGUGGAAGCUCGCCGACGACACGGUGGUUGUGAGCCACGUCAGCGAGGAUAGCCUCCUCCCCCGCCUCGCCGAGUGGGAUAAAAUCGACGUCACCGUGAAGAAAAUCCAAUACUCAAUUGAAAGUCAGAUGCAGUCGUGCCCCUACACGCUCGGCCUCGGCGAGCCAAACCUCGCCGGAAAACCGAGCAUCGACUACGACGCCAUCUGCAAACCGGCCGAGAUCCACAAUUUGAAAAAAUGCCCAACCGAAGAGGACUCGAAAAACCCCGAAAAUCGCACCCUCUACGCCACGCACAAGAUCCUCGAGUCGUGGGUACACGCGGCGAAGAUGCUCCUGGCGAGAAUCUCCGACGAGAUCGAUUCGCGAAGUUACAGCCGGGCGGCGGGUCACUGCUGGGCGCUGGAGAAGGUGUGGGCGUUGGCGGGUCGGAUCGUGGAGCUCCAUCUAUUGAUGGACCCGGACGACUUCCUCCGGCUCAAGGCCCAGCUGGUGAUGGGCCGGAAGUCGGACCCGUUCUGCUUCCGGUCGAGGGAGCUGGUUGGUGUGACACGAGAGUGCAAGGAUCUGAAGCACCGGGUGCCGGAGGUGUUGGGAGUGGAAGUGGACCCCACGGGGGGACCGAGGAUACAGGACGCGGCCAUGGAGCUUUACCGGAGUAAGGCGGCGGAGGAGGAGAGGAUCCACCUGCUGCAGGGAUUGCAGGCGGUGGAGGCGGCGGUGAAGAGGUUCUACUUUGGGUACGGGCAGGUGCUGGCGGCGGUGGUCGGAAGCCUGGAGGCGAGGGAGUCGGGAGACCUGCUGAGUCAGAUAUUUAUGGAGCCGACGUAUUUCCCGAGCCUGGACGCGGCCAAGACGUUUCUAGGGGAGCGAUGGGGACACGGCAGCGGAGGACAGUAG